CAGUCCCUCUCUGCUCUCCUCCAGACUCCGCUGCUAGAAAAGUUGCUGUAUGGGUGAUCGUCUUGCCUACCUCCCACCCGACUGAAUCUUCUGUGGUCACAGGCUCCUUCAACCAUGGGGCCUGCCUGGGCCCGGGCCCACUCAACAGGUGACCUCUGGCUGCCUUUCCUCUGGCUACUCCUGUCCGCAGUCUGCUGCUCUCAUGCCCUCCCAGGAUGGCGCUUCACUUUCUCUGAAGUUGUGAUCCCCAGGAAGGUGUCCCACAGGGUGGGUGGAACUGAGAGACAAGGCCAACUCUCCUACAAGAUUCACUUCAGGGGUCAAAGACAUGUGGUUCACAUGAAAAUCAAGAAGAACUUGCUGCCCAGGCAGUUUCCUGUUAUCACCGAUAACGAUCAGGGCGCCAUGCAGGAGGACUACCCCUUUGUCCCCCGAGACUGCUACUACUACUGCUACCUGGAAGGGGUUCCUGGCUCCAUGGGCACACUGGACACCUGCUACGGGGGUCUGCAUGGCAUGCUGCAGGUGGAUGACUUCACUUAUGAAAUAAAACCGCUGGAAACUUCUUCUAAAUUUGAGCAUGUGGUUUCUCUGCUCGUGUCACAAAGAAGUUUAUCAGGGCUUGAAAGGUGUAAGAUUGAAGAGCACGAUACAGAUCCAGAAUAUGAAGAGACAAUUCUUGCUGGAACUCCUAGAGCCGCCCCCGUGUACUUGUGGUGGCCACAUAAGAAAUACUUUAAAAUCCACUACACAACUUCUAAGUCAUUAAUUGAAUUGGACACUAAUCUCACACAUGUAAUAGAGAGUGUAGUGAUUUUGAACAACAUAUUACAUACCAUCUACAAACCAACUCUCCUAGAUGUCUACAUACGUGUUUUGUGCAUAUGGGAUAAAAGGGAUAAGGUAGAUUUAUAUGAAGAGCAAGAGAUUCAAAAUAUCAUGACUGAUUUUGGUUUGUGGAAAUACUGGGGUUGGUAUAAUGAUAUUCCUCAUGAUACUUCAAUGCUUCUUACAGGGGAUAGAAUUGGUGGGGCCUCAUACUAUGGCCAACCCAAUGGAGUGUGCAACCCUAAGUGGGGCGUGGCAUAUGUAUAUAUGACAAGAUACCAUGUAUUUCUGGCUGCGGCUGUUGCAGCACAUACCCUAGGUCAUAAUUUGGGCGUUGAUCAUGAUACACCAGGUUGUCAAUGCUUUCGAAGAAAGCACUGCGUCAUGGCUCCUGAGCCUGAUUUAUUGGAUAUGAUGAGCAACUGUACUUAUGAAAAAAUACAUCACAAGGUCACUAUAUGGGAUCCUUGUUUGAUCAGACCAAAUGUGCAGUACACCAAUUUUCCUUACAUAGCUGCUCGUUGUGGUGAUCUGUUCGUAGAUCAGGAGGAAGAAUGUGACUGUGGCUCCUUAAAACAGUGUUCAACUAAUAAGUGUUGCAAGAGCGAUUGUGUCCUCACCCCUGGCAGUGAUUGCAAUGGAGGAACCUGCUGUGUCGACUGCAAAUAUGCUCUACCUGGAUUGCUUUGCAGAGAUAGGCUUGGUAUUUGUGAUCUCCCAGAAUACUGUGAUGGGAGGUCCAAUAAUUGUCCUAAUGACUUUUACACCCAAGAUGGAACUCCAUGUUCACCAUUGGCUGUCUGUGUGAGAGGAAACUGCAGUGAUCGUGACAUGCAAUGCCAGUCCCUCUUUGGCCACCAAAUAAAAGAUGGUGCACCAGCAUGCUAUCAAAAAUUGAAUGUCUUAGGUGACCGAUUUGGGAACUGUGGGGUGAAGGUGAUACGAGGAGGAGGAAAACCUGUGAAGUGUGAAGAACGUAAUGUUUUUUGUGGACUACUGCACUGUCGUGAUGUCAAAGAAAUUCCUGGUGGAGGUGAGCACACUGUAUUUCGUCACAUAAUAGUACGUGAUGUUAAGGAAGAGUUAUGCUUUGGAUACGAUGCACACCAUGGGAUGAAUCUGCCUGAAAUGGGGCUUGUCAUGGAUGGGGCAACAUGUGGCCCAGGAAGGCAUCAUUGGUGCCUUUCAUCAUUUAGAAGAGAUGACGUAAGAAGAGGAUAAGAAGCAGAAUUGCCUACACACAAGUAAAUAGUGACCAGAAUGCACCAGAAAAAAAUAAUGGCAGGGACUAAGAGAAAUGACGAGAAUCACUCUGAUGAUUACAAAAUCCUAUAGCUACUCUGAGGUUGUCAUCUUAAAAUAAAAUGACUUGCCAACUUAACAUGAGGUCUACACAGUUAAAUUUAGUACCAUCUCCUGUCUGGUCCUAGUCUUCUGAUUGCUUUAAGACAGUAGAGACUCUUAAAUACUUUAAGAUGUGGAUUCUGGUGUUUCACAGAUGCCCGUGGAGCAAAUCUUGUUUGCACUGGGACGGAUUUGGUUUUGACAAGGGGACCAUUUCCCAAUCGGUUAUAUACUAGAUUUCUGUUCUUUGUUCAUUUUAUGGCUCCUGUUAAACAAAUAACAUUCAGAGUGACAGCUGGAAAAUAUGGUAGGACGGUAAGACCUUUUUCCUCAAGGCACAGGGGUGCCAAAAGAUCUACCACCCACCAAGCAUGAGCUCUUGGACGAAGUGUUAGGCCAUGGGAGUUUCAAGGUCCAUGUUACAUUGAGAGUUGAAAUGCACUGGGCCAGGAUUUUGUAAUGAUCAAAAGAAAGCACCCAAGAAGGACCUGGAACAUGUGAGGCAGUGAAUACGUGCCAUUACUCUCAUUCUUACUCUUGGGCUAUGCUCAACCUGAGGUAUUCCAGGAGAAUGAGUUUGGCUUGGCAUCUUUAUUAGAAAUAAAACCCACAGGAGGAGCCAUUGAUCACUGACUGAGAGAUCACUGCUUAAGGCCUCUGGUCAUUAAAGUCAUAGUAACUCACAUUUAAAUUCUUGGGAAUUGCCUGAGCACAGCCUGUGUGUAAAGCACAGGGUAGAACUGGCUGUCUGAUACAUGUACAGAGAAAAAACUCACACAAAAGGAAACAGGAAGCAGUUGCUUCAGAGAUCAUGCAAGAGAAGAUGAGGGUCUCAUAAGGGACAUGUGUUAUCUUUGUGCUAUGUAAAUGCCUCAGGCCUCAGAUCCAGAUUCUUUCAGAAAAUAUGCAGUCCGGGUGAGAAUAGCGCCGAAGGGUCGGGGAAGUAUACAGCAAAACAGACUCAACAGGGGUGCCAUUCUGUGCCAUCGGAAUCUGUCCAUCUUUUCUAGAGCUCUCUUACCUUCUUGUCCAAGGGGCGUACCUGGUGGAGUGGCCUGGAUCCCCAUCCAAGACAGGUCUGAGCCCGUUUACUACGCCCUUAUCAAACGUGUGUUCCUGCAUUUGCACUCAGCACCCAUAUCUACUACCCACCAAUGAAUAAAUCAUGGAAAGAAAAGG